CAAACACCGCUUUUUUGCUCGGAGCAAUGAGCGGAGACGAGUCGAAAAAGGAUGUCUCACAGGUGGAGAAUGGGACCGUGCAGCAGCAGCAAAAUGGGGUGGCAAAGAUGCACAUGCAGUCGGUGCCGGGGGACCUGAAGCAGAUCGUGCUCGAUGGACUGGAGAAGAAGGGCGACCGAGGUGUCUGGUUGUGGGUUCUCUUCAUCCUCUGCCUGACGCCGAACAUCCUCAAUGGCUUCCACGUGUCGUCGUACGUCUUCCUGGGCCAGAUGCCAGACAACUACUACUGUGUCGUGCCGGAUCUGCUGCAGCGAGGAUGGACCCAUGACGAAAUCCGGAACAUUUCCACCGUUGGUGGCGUCGCAACGAAUGGCACGUGCUCGAUUCUCAACUGGGAUUACGACCGGCUGGCGGAGAUGGACUAUCAGGAUGCGCUGGCGUACGUCGGCGGUAAACCUCAACCCGGCGAGGUGUCCUGCUUGGGUACAGCCGGUUUCCAAAUGCACUAUCAACAGGAACCGGGGGCUUCGAUCGUUCCCGAGUGGGAUCUGAUUUGCGAGCGGACAGCCCUGCGGUCGACCGUUCAAGUGGCACUAUCGGUGGGGAAAUUCUUCGGAGCUUCAACGUUCGGAAUCCUGUCGGAUAAGUACGGCCGCAAGAGCAGCUUCACCAUAGCUGCUCUGCUCUAUGUGGUGGCCAGUUUGUUGACCACGUUCUCGCCGGUAUAUAUUCUUCUGCUGCUGGGACGAAUUGGAUUGGGGGCGUCUGCCUCCGGGGUGUUCUAUCCGGCCUUCGCAAUGCUAACGGAAAACAUCGGAACGCGGCAUCGAUCGUGGAUGAGCAUUGCGUUCAACUUCUCCUACCCGAUCGGUACGCUGAUUCUGGCACUGGCCGCUUACUACCUUCAUUCGUGGCGGGACCUAUCGCUGGCUCUGACGAUUCCGUCUUUCUUUCUGGCCAUUCAUCUCUACUUCCUGGUGGAAUCACCCCGUUGGCUUCUGAGUAAAGGCCGGGAACGUCGCGCCUAUCGGAUGGUAUUCGGCCGACGGGCCCCCGAGGAGCUUUGUAACAGCGAGAAGGAACUUAGCCCGGAAGAGCUGGCCGCAGCCGUUGCCAAGGACAUUGAACCACCGAAGGUAUCCUUGCUCGUACGGUUCAAGCAAUCAUUCAGCGAGUUUGGAAAACUCUACGGAACGGCUGCUAUCUGCCGACGGGCACUGAUCUGCCACUUUGUGUGGUGUGUCACUUCGCUCUGCUAUUACGUGACCGCUCUCAACGCCGACAACUUUGCGGCCAAUCGGAAUGUCUACGUGGCCACCACCGGUUCGGUAGACAUUCUGGCGUACAUUAUCUCGAUGAUCGUGCUCGCAUACUACGGCCGCAGGAGUACAUCGUUCUGCUUCUUCAUGUACGCGGGAAUCUGUCUGCUGGCAAUGCUCGGAAUAUCCAAAGAAAACACAACCCUUCUGGUUACGCUGGCCAUGCUGGGUCGCCUAGGCAUUACGGCCGUGUAUGCCGUACUCACGCUCCACACGGCGGAGCUAUUCCCUACGGAAAUCCGAAAUACAGCCCUCGGAAUCUGCUCGACAAUGGCGCACGUCGGAUCGAUUGCUGCUCCCUACAUCGUGGACCUGCUUGGCCAACUAGCCUGGUGGAUUCCAACGACGAUCUGCGGCAUCACGAUUCUCCUCGCCGGCAUCCUCACCCUUCUGCAUCCGGAAACGAAAGACGCGGCCCUCAAAGAUCACGUCAAACAGGAAGCGGACCUAACCGACGACCGGGAACCGAUGAAGCAGUAG